ACUUGCCUUUUCAAAAACAGGCAGAGAGCGAUUUUCUUAUUGGUAUUGGUCCUACGAUAAAAAGUUUCAACUUUCGGUAUUAAAAAGUUAUUAAAAUGCCAAAGAAACAACCAAGAAACGCAUUUUACUUUUUCAUGAUUGAUUAUAAAGAAGAACAAAGAAAAAAAGGCAUUAAUUACGCAAAUAUGGCUGAGGUUGCAGAAGCCGCUGGUCCCUUGUGGAGGGAUGCUCCGCCAUCUGUAAGAAAAAAGUUUGAAGAAAUGGCCAAGAAAGAAAAACAAAAGAAAAAUAUUCCAGAGAUGAAAUUCACUUCUACUGGAGUGUCCUUUGCUGAAAUAGAUAGGCAAGAGAAAGAACUCAAAGAGGCCGAGGAGAAUGAGCGGCAAGAUAUAAAAAAUAUUGUAAAAUUAAAGAGUUUUAAUGGAGAUAUAAUUAAUGAAGAUUUUUAUCUAAUAGAUGUUAACUAUUUUUGCAAGGCGGGUAAUGAAUAUAUCAUAGCUGAGAGUACUGUGUUGAGAUUUAAUUUGAAAGACGGUAUCAAGGACCAAUACCAUGAGAUUAUCAAUCCAGGUAAGAUCCCGGUAGGGUACGCUUCCGACGUGAAACUUGGCAGUCAAGAAAUAGGACUGGAGAUGCCAGACGAGAGUCUACCGCGGACCAACUACUUCCAGAUCUUAGCCAAUUUGAUCGACUACUUGAAGCAACAAAACCCCGACGUGAAGGCCAUGCCACCACUGUUCACUAUGCCUGAAAAAGUUGCACCCGUACACGAUUUUAUUCUUCAAAUGUGCACCAGAGCAGCUGAAGACGACAGUAUCUUCCGAGUGUAUAAACUGGAUACGUUGUUUUUCACAUUGAUCAACGCCAUCAAGAGUCGCAGCGACGAAGGUUUCCCAAAGGACUCACUAGCGCUUGCUCAACUGAAGAAGGACCCCUUUAAAUACACGCCCGGACUCGGCUGUGAGAUCCACGAGGAGACCGACAAGUGUAUAGAGUGCAGUACGUCUCGCGUGAAGCGGUGGGCGUACACGGUGCUGGACUCGUGCUGCCCCGUGGCCGCGCUCGAGAUGCGCCCGGGCGACCACGUGCCCCACGAUACAGACCUCGAUAGUGUUCUCACAUACAAGGAGCAGAAGAAAACACGCGCUGGACCCUCCGUCGCUGGCAGGAUGUAUGCUCCAUCGUCGAGCAACACGUCAGCGGUUAACGAAUCAUUGAACGAGUCUGGUACAUCUUUAGACACUCCGAAAAAAGAGAAGCCCGCCCAUGUCCCUCUUCGUAUGCCGAAAACUGACUAUUCGAGGACUAUACGUCCGGCACCUGAACUGACCGAAGAUAAUUUCCCAAGUCUCUCUGCUGGUCGUGGUCGCGGUUUGUCUGGUAGUUUCGGCAAGAUGAAUAUCAAUAAGAAAUAAUUUUGUCUGUGAUAUAAAUUUUAUUAAUUAUACGCAGGGUAAUAAGGACAAACUUGUAAUCAUAAGUGAUAUUGUUUUUUACUAUAACCUAUAAUGUUAUGUUGAUCGUUGACAUCUUAAUUAAUUUUACUGUAUAAGAAAUACAUUUUUUUUUAUAUUCAGUGAUACUUGGACAAGAGUCUGCCCUACUGAUACAAUAGGAAUUAUAUGAUUGACUUUACUCUGUAAAGUAAACUUGUUUUAAAACUCCAUUAAACGUUUAAAAUCAUUCCAAAUGUUUAUAACUUACAGAAUCUCACUGGAGCUUAUUUUCAAUGAAAUGUACUUAUAUUAUAUUGUUUAACUAAACUUGCCUUAAAAUAAAAUAAUUAGACGCAUUAAAAGUUUAAACUUUUGUGAUUACAUUAAUUGUGUGGAAAACUAAAGGUUGGUGCACACGUAUUGCAAGUUUGAUAGUGAUUUUUGACACCAUUUUUUCAUAGAAAAAAGUGUAUUGGACCGUGCAUUAUAGAUCACUGGGAUAUGAUGGAUAUUAGACUAUCCUGAAGGAUAUUUGAACACGUUUCGUUGGAUAAAAAAACAAUUUUGAUGAAAACCCAUCAUAAUUUCAUAACUCUUCAUCCCAUCCCAGUUUUGACACCGUCACUUGUGCGGCGACCUUCAUUCGGACUCUCGUAAUAUUAAUUUCGACGCUUUAGUAAACUAUAGCGUCAUCAAUGCCAAAAAAUUGUAUAUGAAAUUUCAAGGUGGCAGAAAUAUAUCUCUAAAUUAAAAAAUAAUAGUCAUCAAUUAAGAUUAUUAUAAAAAUAAAUAUAUUUUUUGAAAGUAUUUAAUGUUACCAACCCUAUUCGGUUUAAAACUUAGUAUAAGUUGUUUUGUUAAAUUUUAUAAUUAAAUUAUUUCGUGCCAUCUUAAUGUAGCUUACCUUAAAAGGUAAUGUUAUUGGAUAAAUUACUAUUAUUAAUAAUUUGUCGACGCCACCGUGUGUACUACGAUAUGAAAGUCAACCUUAUGCUUCUAAGCAUACGGCAUAUAUUGGUACUUUUGUUUUCCCUUGAUAUAGAUUUCAGCAAAUUUGAAUUUACGUCGUUAUAAAAUAGUUUCGCCAUCGGCGAAGGUGCGACUAAUUAUGUAUUUUUACAUAAAUCAUUAUAUGUAAGAUGUAUAACCAUAUUGAAAUUAAUAGACGAGAAUAAUAAGAAUGCUGAUAAAUUAUACGUACAGUAAAGAUUAAUUAAGCCGAUAAGACGUGGCAUUAAUAAAUUUUGCUCUAAUGACUAAGGCUUAUGGUUGGUUAAUGUUUAUGUAAAAUGUGAACUUCAGUUCAAUAACCUAUAUGACUCUAUUGUCUAUGAACUUUAACUAGGUAUUUCAUAAAAAGGUGGAUUUUCUCAGAUUAAUGAAAAAUUAAGUAAUCAUUUUGCUAUCCUCCAGUUCUUGGUCAAAGUCCUGAUUUUACCUUAAUACGGUAAUUAAGUGUAAUUAACGCUUUCCAAUUAUGCCUAUCAAUAAUAUAAAUUAUCAUAAAUAUGAUGUUGUUAACAUGUUACUGUACUAACUUGACUUAGGAUAUCAAAACUUUAGUUUAGUUUAACAUUUUAUGUUUACAUUUCACCAAAGCCUUAAAACAGCGCAAAAACAUUGCAGUUUUAAUUUUUUAUUAUUUGUGAUAUUUCGUUUAGCUUAGGUUUAGAUUAUAAGUAAAUAUGUGAAUUCAUUAAGGCAUCAAAUUGUUAAAUGAUCCAAUUACAGUUUUGUUUAUAUUGAUGAUUAAAGAAUGUUAUUUG